UUUUGUAAUAGCAACUAUUUUGUGAGAGACGUGUCCGUCCCGUCAGUUAGCCAAAAAGUCAAUCCACUUCGGAAUUGAAUUGUUGGGACUGAUGUAUGAAAAUACUAGUUUAGUGAAUAUUUAGAAAAUUUAUUAAUACUUCUGGGGAGUAGGAUGCCGUCCACUACUGAGACCCUUCCCAGUAAUGGGCGCAGCAAGGGGCUAUUUCAAAAUACGGCGGGUUUGAGUACGCUCAUCACUGUAACUGUCCUGACACUGGCUUGGUUGGCCGGUUUCGCAUCCCGGCUUUUCGCUGUGAUACGUUUUGAAAGUAUAAUUCAUGAAUUCGAUCCUUGGUUCAACUACCGGUCUACAGCGUAUAUGGUUCAGCACGGUUUCUAUAAUUUUUUGAACUGGUUCGAUGAGCGUGCUUGGUACCCACUGGGACGUAUCGUGGGGGGUACGGUGUAUCCUGGUCUAAUGAUCACUUCAGGCACUAUACAUUGGAUACUGCAUGCUCUCAACAUACCCAUUCAUAUCCGAGACAUAUGUGUAUUCCUUGCCCCAGUAUUCAGUGGGCUCACAGCAAUUGCAACGUACUUAUUGACUUCUGAACUAUGGUCGCGUGGAGCUGGGCUAUUUGCUGCCUGUUUCAUAGCUAUAGUGCCAGGUUACAGCAGUAGAUCCGUUGCUGGGAGCUACGAUAAUGAAGGAAUUGCUAUAUUUGCAUUGCAAUUCACAUAUUACUUGUGGCUGAAAAGUGUUAAAAGUGGGUCCGUAUUCUGGUCUAUUUGCACUGCAUUGUCAUAUUUUUACAUGGUUUCAGCAUGGGGCGGAUACGUAUUCAUUAUCAAUUUGAUACCUCUUCACGUCUUUGUUCUUCUAAUAAUGGGACGUUUCUCGCAGCGUCUUUUCGUCAGCUACUCAGUUUUCUACAUUAUUGGCUUAUUGCUGUCCAUGCAGAUUCCCUUUGUUGGGUUUCAACCAAUACGUACCAGUGAACAUAUGGCAGCGUCAGGUGUGUUUGCAUUGUUGAUGGCCAUCGGAGCCCUAAAGUACCUGCACAGUCUGAACCCUAAAGGACAAUGGAAACAACUGCUAAUCUUGGGCGGUAUGCUGGCCGCGGGACUCGUGUUCCUGGCUGUGGUGCUCCUCACAUACAUGGGAGUCAUUGCACCUUGGAGUGGAAGGUUUUAUUCACUCUGGGACACGGCAUACGCAAAGAUUCACAUUCCGAUCAUAGCGUCCGUAUCCGAGCACCAGCCGACGACGUGGUCUUCAUUUUUCUUCGAUCUGCACGUGCUCGUGUGCACGUUCCCGGUCGGUCUGUGGUACUGCAUCAAGAAUGUGAAUGAUGAGAGAGUUUUCGUUGCUCUGUAUGCCCUGAGUGCGGUGUAUUUCGCCGGUGUGAUGGUUCGUUUGAUGUUGACCCUGACGCCCGUAGUGUGCGUGCUAGCCGGCAUUGCCUUUUCCAUUCUUCUAGACUUGGCCUUAAGAGAGGACGAAGUGCCUGAACAAUCCCCGGACAGUGAAGAAUCUAAGAGUCUCUAUGAUAAAGCCGGCAAGGUAAAGAAGCGCACACUUGAGGCCGCGCCGAAUGCGGACACCGGCCUGGGCAUGAACGUGCGCUCGGGAACGCUCAUAGCCUUCAUGAUCCUGCUGAUGUUGUUCUCUGUGCACUGCACCUGGGCCACGUCUAACGCUUACUCCAGCCCUAGCAUCGUUCUGGCCAGCUACGGCAAUGACGGGUCGCGUAAAAUCUUAGAUGACUUCCGAGAAGCCUACGGUUGGUUAUCGCAGAAUACAGCAGAAGACGCAAGGAUUAUGUCUUGGUGGGACUACGGGUAUCAGAUAGCGGGGAUGGGUAACAGAACAACCCUGGUGGACAAUAACACCUGGAACAACUCCCACAUAGCACUGGUCGGGAAGGCGAUGGCGAGCAACGAAUCCGCUGCCUACAGCAUCAUGACGAUGCUGGACGUUGAUUACGUGCUCGUUAUAUUCGGGGGCGCGAUCGGGUACUCCGGAGACGACAUCAACAAGUUCAUAUGGAUGGUCAGGAUCGCUGAGGGGGAACAUCCUAAGGACAUACACGAAGUUGACUAUUUUACUGAAAGAGGAGAAUACAGGAUCGACUCUGAAGGAUCAAAAACUAUGUUGAACUGUUUGAUGUACAAACUCUCGUAUUAUAGGUACGACAGUGGGGGAAGCCCUCCCGGGUACGACCGUACGCGCAGUGCGCUGCCCGGGAACAGAGGGUUCAAACUUACCUACCUCGAGGAAGCCUACACCACCGAGCACUGGCUCGUCAGGAUAUACAGGGUGAAAAAGCCAUCUGAGUUCAAUCGUCCGCGUUUGUCACUAGCAAAAAGGAAAAUUUCAACAAGCAAUACUAUUUCUAAGAAGCUCUCGUUAGGGGCGGCCUCAACGACUUCAAGAAGAAGAAAAGGCGCAUUGAAGAACAAACCUACAGUCGUGAAGGGAAAAAAGGUCGGUAAACUGGAGUGACACGGUCCGGCGACACCAGCGCCCCCACAUGAGCGCGCGGCGCAAAUAAUCUCAUAUCAGUGGUAAAACUGCAAGUUUUUUGUACUGUGUAAUAUUAGUUAAGUGUACGAUUUCGUAUUUCGCAGAUUUUUUUUUAUCGGCUCGUGCUUACCACCAACUCUUAUCACGUCACUCUUGAAUUCUAGAAGCUUCUUGUGAGCUUCGGAAAAUAUACUGCUUUUGUUUAUGUUUUUGGUUUGCUAUAAAAUUAAUCAAAAUCGUGUUCGCGAGUUUUUUAACCGACUUCGCAAAACGAGGAGGUUCUCAAGUCGAGUGUAUUUUUUUAUAUGUUGUAACUCAGAACUUUUUUUAGGUGAACCCAUUUGGAUUUUGAACCGAUUUCGUUUCUUCUAAUUGAAAGUUGGUGCAGAAAAUUUAAAUUGGACCAGUGCGCUUAGUGCGAGUUUUUUAACGGUCUCGAUAGCGUAAAAGUUAAUCCAACUUUGUAUGCAGUUGGAACAGCGCCCCUAGCGGCAAACGUAGGCAAACUAUCGCAUUCAAAUAUGAGCUAAAUCUUACGCUAUCGAGAACGUUAAAAAACUCGCACUAAGCACACAGGUCUUAUUUCAAUAUUAUCAAGAUCUAGAGAGUAGUUUUUGAGUUAUUCUUAAUAAUGCAUUAAUUAUGCAUUCUCAUUAUACAUUGUUAAGUUGGGUUUACUAUUUUCUUAAAAUUUUGCAUCAAUAAGGCGCGAGCCUACGUUUUGUUUUGUUAAAUAGUAGAAUGCAAUAGGGGACCAUUUACUUUUAUCAUCGAAAUUGCUCUGUAAACUGCGGAGCACUGGCUGAGCGCAACUCCAUAACUUGUGACGUCAUUUGAGGCCAAAAUAAACGUUCAACCAACAUAAUACAGUAAAAAAGUUUAGUCACAUUUCAGCUUAAUGCAGGCACGGGCUAACAAUAUACCCCCGAGGCUUACAGUAUUCAAUGAAUAAGAAAUAUAAUCUCAGUAAAAUGGUGGUCAUUUACUGACACUUUUUCAGUGGACUUUUUGGAGGAUCCCGAGAAGUUAUGCUCAGCGGUUUUGUUUUAUUUUCCCAAAUUUGUGCACCUUCACAGAUUCUAAACAGUUAAUAAACCACCAUUAUUACACAUUUAAACCUGAAGGAACACUAGACAAAAUAAAACAAAUCACACAACUUCACUCCUCGCGUUCUCGCCAAAAAGUCGGAAGUCAAUACCGUCAAAGUCAUUAACGAUGGAACUUAAAAAAUCUGCGAUACACGAAAGUCGGAAUAUGAAUGGUUGUUUAAAAAAAUGUAUUAUGUAAGGUUUGAGUAUGUAUUUUAUUGGGACAUUCAAAACCGAACUUGUUACAAUUGUAUAAAUAAAAAUAUGGUAAUAUUAAUUAAAGUGCAAUAUUAGGUUCCGAUUUAUUUUUAUAAAUCUUGCCUUAGGGUAAACCGUAGAAUCGUUGAUAUUCCACUUGUCGGUUAUACUGUACUUUACUUUACGUAUUUUAUAAAUCUAAUGUUGACAUUUCCUACAGAAUAAAACAUAACUCGGUGUUGCCAUUAAAUGACAUAAGAUUAAUACAAAAAAACCUACAACAUAAAUCGAUUAUUAAAUUAGUUUUCCUAUCGCUGGGGUUUGUCAAUAAUUGUAUGGUUUACCCUAAAUUCAUUACAGAAAACAUUAAUAUUAUAAUCGAAGUGUUGUCGGUGUACAAAAAAAUAUAUUUUUCCUAGCCACGUCGGUUUAAAACAGUUGUAGAAUAUGAAAUUAAGUUCAAAUUAUGAUUAUGAUAACUCAUAUGCCUGCUCAUAUUAUUCAACAAUUCUGUUGACAUGUGACCCUUUUUCAUAUGAAAAGACAUAAAGUAAGGAAGCCUGUUGGUGUACUGUGAACUGACUAUGAUUGGGAAUAUAAUAAAAGUUGUCGAGACCAAUCUUGUUAUUAUAAUAUAUUCUAGAAUUAAUGUAACCAAAUGAAUUUUUUAAUACAUCACUUCACCUUAAAUUCUAAACUGUUUUAAUUAAAAUUAAUACUGAAAUUCUAACUGAAAAGUUCCUAUCUAUAUUUUAUUUAUAUAUACAUUUUUUUCUUUUAUAAAUAUUGUAAUUUCAAUGAACACAUUCUGGAAUGUAUUCAAAUAUUGUAUUUAUUAGUAAUCGUUCUGAAAAUGCUAAUUCUAAUGCUUUGUUUUACCACUGCUAUGAGUGAAUCACUGAGACAAAUUUAUAAAUAUUUUAAACGGUCCUUUAAAUUUGAAUUUGCACGAAAAUCGUAUGGGUCGUAAUUCGAUAACGGCUCGGGAAUCGUAAUUCACUUAUUCACCAGAAAUUAAGGCGCACGUUUAAAUAUUAUAACUCGAACGUACCGUUGAUUUGUUCGAUAAAUAUUUGAUUCAUAUCGAAUUAAUAUCAGUGUUAAGAUCGGACUUUUGUAGGAGAUUUUAUUUCUUGUAGUACAUAUCGACGCUUGAAAGGCAAACAUGACUAAGCGAGAAUAACUGCUUUGUACAUAAAUGAUAGGCAAUAACCAUAUUCGAUGCGCAAAAAAUAUAUAUUUCUAGGUCUAUUAAAAUCAUUUCAAUCCUACAACUACUAGCUAGAUUCUACUACAGCUACGAUUAAGAUUCGUUAAAAUAAUUUUUUUUUUCAGCUAUUUCAACGUUAAAUUAGUCUACUGUAAAGUUCACGCAUUGUCGCUUAGUCACGUUUGCCUUUCAAGCGUCGAAAUAGAUUUUUUUUUUCUAAAAUGAGAAGGUUAUUUUCGUGCUAUUCAAAAUCAACCUUAUUCAAAUCGAAAAGAAAAACUAUUGUAAAAAUCUAUCUGAAUCCUGUAUAUUGGUAAAUAGCCUCACGAAAUAUCGUUUCUAUUGUUUUGAAUUCCACAUUUAAUUUCUGAUUGUAGCGAGAGGUCGCGAACACCAGGGUUGCCAGGUUGAGUUUAUGAAACAUCACUAAGGUUUUUCUGCGAAAAGAAAAUACAAUAUUUCAAAUUUUCUACAAAAUCUCUCUUUUUUUUAUAGAUAACAAUGUUGACCAUAAUAAAGUCCUACAAAAGUGAAUGUUUGUAUCAGUUUUAUGAGUCUUAGGGGAAUGAGGAUUUCGUGUUCGUCGUGAAGGUAUUUAUCGUUGCUACGUCCAUUUCUAUAAGAAUUGUAAUAUUAAAGUGUAUUCGUUGAUUUUUUUUUCAAUUUAGCGAUAAAGUUAACUAACUGUUAUGCAACUUAUUUGUUUGAAGUUAAAAUAUCUAAAACGUCACGCUUAAAACCGUGAUCCAAUUUGAUUCCAAAAUAAUUUGAAAAGCACUUUUCGUAAAUAAAAUAGAAUGGAAUUCACAAUUUUUUUCAAUGAAGCAUUUUUUUUUAUAUAAACAAGGUUCACGACUGUACCUUUUUGUUUAGCUUUCAUAAGAAGAUGAAAGUAAUUUAGUUUUGUUUUAUUGCGUUACAAAUAACCUUGCUUCCUUUCAUAUUACUGUGUUUUUCAAUACGAUAAGGUUUCACGGACGGAUAAUAACGCUUUUGGAACGGAAGCAAUAAAUAUAUAUAUUUGUGUUGAAUAUGGUAAUUGUAAUGUAAUAUUGAAUUUUAACCAAAGUUCGGACACGCAUUAAUAAAAUAUAUUAAUUUCUUGAAAGGAAUUUAGUUUUUGUGUUAAUCGAGAUUAUAAAUAAGCAUAUAUUUAAUGUAUUAAUACGAAUAUAAAAUUAAUGUGACCUUCAAAGAUUACUGAAACAACGCGAUAAUAAUAAAACUUUGAAAACCUUCGAUUAUUAUGCACUAAAAUUUACAAUUUACGUGAUAUAAAAGUGAUAAUAUCGGAAAAGCUUAGUAAGAAUUUAUGGUCAUUCCAUGAAAACAUUAUUAGAAGUUAGUUUUCAGAAAUCCCGUACGAAAUAUUGGUUACCGUUCAGGGGCUAUAAUACAUACAAUGUGCAUAAUGAAAUUGACUUAAUGUCGUUUGAAUUUGCAGCUCUAUUAAAUAAAAUAAAAAAAUUAAUACGAAUCAAUUAAAUGCAUAUACAUAUAUUAAAUUAUCGGCAGUAAAUGUUUUUUUUUCUCUCUCUGGUACUUAAAUGAAAUGAUGUAAAUAUUUUAAAUUUAUUUUUUCACUUUUCACCUGUCGUGACACAAAUAAAAGUACUCUUACAAUUUUUUUUUUGUAAAUUAACUAUUUAAGAAUUUUAUUUUACAGUAUGUUUAAAAUAACGAUUGUUCGCCCAGUGAUUGAAAUUCGACUAUAAUCACAGAUACCUUAAGAUUUAGAUUAUGUUUAUGCAAUACAUUAUUAUUUUUGUUUGCUAAUUGUCAUUUGUAAAAAUAAAAAGUUUCCUAAAUGUUUUUAUCGGUAACACGAAAAGAUCGCCAAUAGAUAGGUACAAAAAACACUUGACAAACAGAGGAGAAAGUGAUACUUAGCUGCUUCGACUACUGUAAAAAGCAUAGUCACUUUAUUCGCUAGAUUGAUCAGACUACAUCAUUUUACUGAGUAUGUCAUAAUGUUUUUAAUAUUAUUUUGAACUUGAUUAACACAAAAAAAAGGUUUAAUUGUAUAUUUAGUUGAUUAAAUGCGUUUAAAUAAAUAUGGUUAAUUCUAAAGAAAAAGCGGUAAAUUCUAAAAACAAACUAUGGAUGUGUGAAAUGUUAUAUAAUUUUUUAUUUAAUUGUUGCCGAGCACUAUUUUGUUUUUCGUAUUCAAUAUAAAAGAGUUUUAUCGAUAUGUAGAUGAAUUGCGUUCUACAAUGUUCUCAAUAAACGAUAAAGAUUGUCUUGAA